AGCCUUUAUUAUACUCCCUACACUUCUCGUUCGAUUAGGUUUCUCCAUUGAAAUUGUGUAUUAGGGUUUCGAGUAUUCGAUCUCUCCCAUUCCCCACUGUUCAAACCCUCCAAUUGCUGUGAUGGAUCACGAUAUGGGUCUAAAUGCUCCUCACUCCAUGGGAACAACUAUCAUCGGAGUUACUUACAACGGAGGGGUUGUUCUCGGUGCCGAUUCUAGAACCAGCACCGGGGUUUAUGUUGCUAAUCGGGCUUCUGACAAGAUCACACAGCUGACGGAUAAUGUCUACCUUUGUCGCUCUGGAUCGGCUGCAGACUCUCAAAUUGUAUCCGACUACGUUCGCUACUUUCUUCAUCAGCACACGAUUCAGCUGGGGCAGCCUGCAACUGUUAAAGUUGCCGCAAACCUUGCAAGGCUAUUGUCAUACAAUAACAAGAAUUUGCUGCAAACUGGUCUAAUUGUUGGCGGAUGGGACAAAUACGAAGGAGGCAAAAUAUUUGGAAUUCCUCUUGGUGGAACACUAAUAGAGCAGCCUUUUGCCAUUGGAGGAUCUGGGUCUAGCUACUUGUAUGGGUUCUUUGAUCAGGCAUGGAAAGAAGGAAUGACCAAGGACGAAGCUGAGCAAUUGGUGGUUAAAGCAGUUUCCCUUGCCAUUGCUAGAGAUGGUGCUAGUGGGGGCGUUGUUCGCACUGUUAUUAUUAACGCUGAUGGAGUUACCAGAAACUUCUACCCGAGUGACAAGCUUCCACUGUGGCAUGAGGAGUUGGAGCCUCAGAAUUCAUUGCUGGACAUAUUGAAUGCUCCUGGACCUGAACCCAUGAACAUAUAGUGAAAGAUGAUCUGAUUCUUGAUUAGUGUUUUGAUCUUUCUUUCAUUACCUUGGAUUGUAUGCACUGUUCUUUCUUUGGUCAAAUGAUAGAAGAAUGACCGUACACUGAUUUACAAUUGCUUUUAAAAAGUGCUGGGUCAUUGCAAAAAUUGGAUUUCUACAUGGUUAUUAUGGCUUCAUAAAAGCGAAAUUGCAUUCAAUCAUAUGAAGGGUGGAUGCAACGAAAA